AUGCCAAUGACACUGUGUUACUGGGACAUCCAUGGACUGGCUCACGCUAUUUGGCUGCUCCCGGAAUACACAGACUCAUGCUAUGAGGAGAAGAGAUACACCAUGAAAGACCCUCCUGACUAUGACAGAAGUCAAUGGCUGAAUGAAUUCAAACUGAGCCUGGAAUUUCUAAAUUUGCCUUACUUAAUUGAUGGGUCACAUAAAAUCACCCAGAGCAAUGCCAUCCUGCGCUAUGCUGCCCGAAAGAACAACCUGUGUGGGGAGACAGAAGAGAAGAUUCGUGUGGAAAUUCUGGAGAUUCAGGCUAUCGAUGUCUCCAGUCAACUGGGUAGAGUCUGUUACAGCCCAGACUUUGAGAAACUGAAGGCACAAUACUUGGAGCAGCUCUCCUCACAGUUCCUGGGCAAGCAGACAUGGUUUGUUAGUGAAAAGAUUACUUUUGUAGAUUUCCUUGCUUACAAUAUCCUGGACCUGCACCUUCUAUUCGAACCCACGUGCCUGGAUGCCUUCCUAAACCUGAAGGACUUUGUGGCCUGCUUUGAGGAACUGAGGAAGAUCUCUGCCUACAUGAAGACCAGCCACUUCCUCUGA